UUGCAGUCCACAUAGAACAUCCUGCCUGAAAACCAAUCCCUAAUCAUCCGGCAGCCUACUGAGAUUGGGCCUUUGCGCCAUCGUCCGACGCCAGAAACAUUGCGAAUCCCAGGACACAUUCACUCGGUCGCUUAGCUUCGCGAUACGGCGUUUCAUUACCCCGUCGUCUCCUCAGCUUAUUGCCAUUCCUUUCUCAGGGCCGCGCCACGUCGACCAGGCUGCGGCCCGUCAUCGCGAACCUCCUCUCGUGCAACAAAGAGCCGGUCAAGACGGGCGUUGGCAUCCAUGAUGUUUUGUCUUCGCAGUUGGCUUCCGCUCCUCUUCAUCCCGACAAACGCGUCGCCGGCUUUCAUCUUUCUCUUCUUUCUCUGCACAUACUUCCUCAACCGGCCCUGCUUCUACUGCUCGUUCCUCCUCCUCAUACUCUUUUUGACAUCAUGCAACUGGUCCGACCGUUGCUUCCUCGACCUCGGAAGCAACUGGUUCCAGUCGCAGCCUGCAGGAAGCUACAUAUACCUGCCCAUCCCGGGAUGGCAAGUGGACAAGUCCGCUAACCCCAACACCACAGCAGCGGGGUCGAAUACAGACAUGUUCAACACGACUGUCGGAGCUCUGGCUGCCGCUGCCACAGACCGACUUUCGCGAGCCAAGGUGGAAUGGACGGGACUCGGGUUGGAAUGGCUACGGAGUUUUCUUGGGCGAAGGGAAUGGAGAAUUGAUUGCCUGGAUCUCUACAUUCGGCUAUAGCCGCGGGUGAGCUGCUUGUUGGUUGCGACUUUGAACCCGGCUUGGGUACUCUUCUCGGUCUGCUCGUCUGAUGGCUUCGACCCGACAGGUGGACUCUCCCCUUCGACGACAUAAUCCGGUGUCUGGGUCUCAACUUGGGUUUGGCGGGCUGUCGUGGCACUUGACGAUGACGAGCAUGACAGAUUGCAUCUCUUCCUGUGUGGCCGCUUCUGAUAGCGGACAGGCACAUCCUAUGAUGAUUCCUGC